CCCUUUGUCCCUGCUGGGGCCUAGAUUAGCCCUUUUGGAUCGGGCUUAGAGACCCUCGGAGGGGGCGGGUCUGCUCCCUCCACAGUCAGAGCCUCAGUAUAUGACAAGCCUGGUUUAUGGAGCGCUGCCCAUUUCCCAGCUGACCCCCUAGGCAUUUCAGUUCAGGACACACUUGUGGAAUAUCUAGCAUGUAUUGAGAGCCACGACAUGAAGCCGAAACACAGUAAAAAAAGCAGCCGAAAUUUCUGCCCUCGUGGAGCUGUUAUUUUAGGGAGUAGGGGACAGCAAAGAAUGAAAGACCUAUACCUACACCGAGCCCGGCUUCCAGCUGCCAACUUUGUGCCUUUAUCUGUCUCCUCGCCUCUGCCCUCGGGGUAUGUAACCGCCAUGCCUGUGGACACGCUGAGCCCUGCAGCGCCCGCCGCCCCUGUCCUCCCUUUUCGCCUGCGAACCAAGGUCCCCAGCUACCUGCUACCAAGGCCAGCGGAUGGGGGAGCCCGGAAGCUGAGUGCUGUGGAACGCCUGGAGGCUGACAAGGCCAAGUACGUCAAGAGUCUCCAUGUGGCCAACACCCGCCAGGAGCCUGUGCAGCCUCCGCUAGCCCGGCAGCCCCUCUUCAGCCCUGGUUCUCGCGGGCCAGUGCUCACACCCAGCCGCCGAGCCCUGCCCUGUCCUGGCCGCCGGCCCCAACUGGACCUCGACAUCCUUAGCAGUCUCAUCAACCUGUGUGACAGUCCUGUGUCCUCAGCUGAGGCCAGCCGAACGCCUGGACGGGCAGAAGGAUCUACCCACAAGGUCCCACCAGCCACCCCUCCUCGUCCUCCACCUAGUACGGUUGCCGUGCGCCGAGUGGAUGUUCGUCCACUGCCUGCUUCACCUGCUCGGCCCUGUCCAUCGCCUGGUACCACUGCCACCUCCAGCCCCGGCCGGCCCCCUGGUCUGCAACGCUCCAAGUCGGACCUGAGCGAGCGCUUUUCCAGGGCAGCAGCCGACCUCGAGCGCUUUUUUAACUUCUGUGGCCUGGAUCCAGAGGAAGCGCGAGGAUUGGGGGUGGCCCACCUAGCAAGGGCCAGCUCGGACAUCGUAUCUCUAGCCGGGCCAAGUGCUGGACCCUGCAGCUCUGAAGGCGGCUGCUCGCACCGCAGCUCUGCUACCGUGGAGGAGCGAGUCCUGGAGCGUGUCCCCUACGGGGUGUCUGUGAUUGAGCGCAAUGCCCGUGUGAUCAAGUGGCUGUAUGGGUUGCGGCAGGCACGUGACCCUCCGGCUACCGAGGGCUAGGUCUCCUGGACUCGGCCUUCCCGGAAGGACAUUGUCAAAGAGGCACCUUGUCCUUUCUUGUAUCCAUUGGCUGCCUUCCGGCAGACCAGACGCAGCUCCCUUGGGUGAACUUGGUGUAGAGGCCAAGACUUAGUCCUAGACCAGCAUCCUCUGGCAAGCAAGGACUGACCUACAGAGGCUUGCUGUAGCCCUUGGCCUCCCCCACCCCUAACAAGGUUUGUGACACAGUGUGCUUCUGCCUGGUUCCUCUGGUGAGGCUGGAUUUGGGGUGCUUGCCCUCCACUGAGUUGGGAGCCGAGUGCUUGGCCAAGCCGACUGUCACCCCGAAGCUCCAUUUCCUCCUUCCUUCUCUGUCCUCUGCUGACUUCCUCUUCCUUACCGAAUGGGCCCUGGCUUCCUGGGAACUCACUCUGGGGAGGAGGCUGAGAGGAUGGGAUCUGUCCACUGCUCUUCCUGGUCUUUGGCAGUUGGCCUGGGUGGGUGAACUAUAGAAGGGACUGGUUAGGAGCCUGCCGCUCAGACUUCUCUUUGGUUAAUAAACACAAAUGUUUGUUUCUCAA